UAAUGUUUUUCAACUUCUGUCAGUUUCCCACCCAGGAGGAGGAAGAUAUUGAUAUGGACACAGUUCAUGACAGCCAGGCGUUCAUCUACCACCAACUGAACAUGUUGGAGAGACCCUCAACUCCAGGUAAAGAACCAUCUUCAGUGGAGCAAGCCAUGUUGUCCAUGCCAGGAACACCCAUGCCCACACUGAGCAAAGAGAGCACAUCCUCUAAACAUGGAGAUCACCACCACCACCAUCAUCAUCAUGAGCACAAGAAGAAGAAGAAGAAGCACAAACACAAACAUAAGCACAAACACAAGCAUGAGAGUAAAGACAAAGAUAGAGACUCUCACGCCUUUAGUAACAGCCCUGCUAGUGGCCGCUCCAUUCGUUCUCCAUCUCUGUCUGACUGAUAAUGGUAUCAGCCAGCGAAAGUAGUCGGAACUAACAUUAAAAUACACAUUGUUUUAAGCAUUUCUGAUGUUUUUGUUCUGUUUGUUUUACAAAUUAUUGAGUGCUGUAAAGACAUAGCGAUAGCAUCCAACUUGUCAGUGUUUAAAUGAAAAGUUAAUUCGAAAUUAA